CGGCGGCGGCCCACGGCUGGCGUGGGAGCCCGGGACACGCUCACGCUGCUGGCGCUGGCCUUGUGCGCCCCCGGGGUGGGCGGCGGGGCGCUCGAGUGGUACUCGGCCGUGGUGAGCAUCGAGUACGUGGACCCGCAGUCGAACAUGACGGUGUGGAGCGAGUCCGAGAGCGGCCGCUUCGGCGAUAGCUCGCCCCGGGAGAACAAGCAGGGCCUGGUGGGCGUCCCGCGCGCCGAGGGGGACGAGGAGGGCUGCGCGCCCGACACGCGCUUCGUGGCGCCCGGCAGCCUGGGCGCGGCGCCCUGGGUCGCGCUGGUGGCGCGCGGCCGCUGCACCUUCAAGGACAAGGUGCUGGCGGCGGCGCGGAAGAACGCCUCGGCGGUGGUGGUGUACAACCUGGAGCGCCACGGGAACGCCACCGAGCCCAUGUCGCACGCGGGGACAGGAAAGACAGUCGUCAUUAUGAUUAGCUACCCAAAAGGACGAGAAAUUUUUGAUCUGGUGCAAAAAGGAAUUCCAGUAAAAAUGAGCAUAACAAUUGGUACCCGUCAUAUGCAAGAAUUCAUCAGUGGUCAGUCUGUGGUGUUUGUGGCCAUUGCCUUCAUCACGAUGAUGAUUAUCUCAUUAGCAUGGCUGAUAUUCUAUUAUAUACAGCGUUUCCUAUAUACUGGCUCACAGUUUGGAAGCCAGAAUCAUAGAAAGGAAACUAAGAAAGUUAUUGGCCAGCUUCCACUACAUACUGUAAAGCAUGGAGAGAAGGGAAUUGAUAUUGAUGCUGAGAAUUGUGCAGUGUGUAUUGAAAACUUUAAAGUAAAGGAUGUUAUCAGAAUCCUGCCAUGCAAGCAUAUUUUUCAUAGAAUAUGCAUUGACCCAUGGCUUUUGGAUCACCGAACGUGUCCAAUGUGUAAACUUGAUGUCAUCAAAGCCCUGGGAUAUUGGGGGGACCCUGAGGAUCCACAGGAGUUACCCAUUCCAGAAGCUGCUCCGGGAAGUGUUUCUGUUGGGAAUCUGAGUGUGACAUCCCACGAUGAGGACAGGAGUGCUGAAAGCAACCUUCCAUCAUCUUCCUCAAGUGAGUCUGGGCCACACCGCCCCUGCUUUAAAGAAGAUGCCGGGGAAGACACCGCAUUGCUAGGAGCCUGCAGGAAUGACCCUCAGCACGAAGGAGCCGUCUGCUAGCACACAGCCUCCCUGACAGCCUCACCGACAGAGCCUUGGCUUGAACUACAGGACAUUUAAUUUUUUACUCUAGGGCAUAGUUUGUAUACUUGAAAACAGUGGAUAUUAUUUUACUUUACCUUUCAGAUUCAGAUUUGAUACAAAGGGCUGAGAUAUUUUAUUCCUAAGAGGACUUUUAAUUAGCCUUCAUCUAUUUAUCUACUAAAGUAUGAUGUAUAUCAUAAAUUGUGUUGUGUCCGACUGUCACAGAUGUGGGGGUGGUGAUAUUUCUGAGUACUAGACUAGCUUCUGUGGUACUGUUAAACAAAAUUCUGUUUCUAAGUUAAAGUAGAAUUGUGUAAUAGAAUUUAGUAAUUGAUCAAAUGGACAUUCCCUGAAGCAGACUCUUUAGAACUGGUAAACUGAGAACUCUUGCCAUGGGCAGGGCAGUGGUGCACGCCUGUAAACCCAGCACUCAGGAGGCUGAGGCAAGAAGAUUUUGAGUUCAAGCCAAAAAGAAGGGACCGAGGGGAAAGAGAAAUCAACUAACUGUCUUGCACUAUGUUGUCCAUAGAGACUUCAAAGCCAAGCAUACCCUUUUCUUGUUUGGAAUUGUGAAAAGAACACUAGUUGAUUUUAUGAUUUGCAUUUUUAUCUUUAUUGCCUAUUUUCUUUUGACACUUGGAAGAAGAAAAAAAAAUCUGUGUUUUUCCACACACACAAAAAAAAUGGCAGGAAUGCCAUAUUGCACAUUAAAAGUAUUAAAAUAUUGAUUCAUUAAGAAAAUCAAGUAAGCAUACUGUGAUGUUUUUAAAUGAUUAGUAUAUUUCAGUGAACCUAAUCUUUACAAUUAGAAUAAUUUAAAUUAAAAUUUUUGAUUUUUGUUGUUAGACUAAAAUAACAUUUUCCUAAUGAGAUUUUAAGACAGUUCAAUACUGUGACCUUUAUUCGUCUUUCCUCUGCUUGAUGUUCCCACAGAUAAAGCCUUUGAAGGUUGUUGUCUGAGUUCUUUAGAGUGGUCAAAUACUUUAAUAAGAGUAGGAGUCCUUUGUUGAUCCCAAACUUGUGUUGUAUGUCUACUUUGUAGACAAAAAUAAAUGCUUAAUGACAAAAAAA